AGUUUACUUACAUGAGAGCUAAAGGUACUGAGAGCGUGCAGCCUUCGGAGUCUUUUACUUUUUAGGUCUGUUUCCUUUCCAAGGAAGGAGCGAAUCUAUAGGUUGAAGGGGAGUUCCCUCUAGGAGACUACUACAAUUCUUUUAUUUCAUAAAACAACUUUAUUAGAUACCUUUCCAACAGUCCCACCUCUCUUUUUUGGAUUCUAUAAAUUUAUGCAAUCCUUCAGGACAGGAGUAGUCUCUUAGCUUCUCUCUUGUCACCCAUCAGCCUUUCACUUCUCAUUACCGUACUCCUGUCUCGCAUUUCUCUAGCUCCCUGCUCAUUAAAACUAAAGGAGGUUUACGUGUGGGCCUUUUCUGCAACCUUAGAUUGAUUUUGUUUCUUUCAACGUCCAAAACCCUUUAAGCUUCAAGCUUCUCCUGAAGCUUUUGCAUGUCUUUAAAGUUUGGUUUAGUUAGUUUCAUAUCUUAUAUUCUCCUUACAAGUUACAACCGCUUCUCUAAAAUCAAUCAAAGAAACAAAAAAAAUGGGAGUUGUAGCUACUUUGGAAUACUUUUCAGACCUACUCAGCAGCAAAAAAGGGAAGAAAAGGAAGCAACUGCAGACGGUAGAUCUCAAAGUCAGGAUGGACUGUGAGGGCUGCCAGCUUAGAGUCAAGAAAGUUCUUUCUUCGCUGAAAGGAGUAAAAUCUGUGGAUGUAAACCUGAAACAACAGAAGGCGAGUGUUACUGGUUAUGCAGAUGCGAAGAAAGUGCUGAAGAAGGCACAGUCAACAGGGAAAAAGGCUGAGCUUUGGCCUUAUGUUCCAUACAAUCUGGUGGCUCAUCCCUACGUUGCUCAAGUUUAUGACAAGAAGGCACCUCCUGGUUAUGUCCGGAGCUCGGAGAACCCUGCCAUCACUGCUAUGAGUCCACUGGAGGAACAGUACACCACCAUGUUCAGCGAUGAUAAUCCAAAUGCUUGCUCCAUCAUGUAAAUUAAUGCAACCGAAAAAUGUAAAUCGAGUAAUUAGUUACCAUACAGCUUUGGCCUAUGUGUCCUACUGGAAAACUAUUGUACCGUAGAGUUUUUCUUAAAAUAUAUUUGAAGAGGUCUGUGGUGGACAUGGGGGAACCGGAGAGUCACAUGAAUAGAUAGAAACAGUGUGGGUUGUUAUGAGAUGGCUAUCAGAACUGUCCUUCACAUAUUAUAUAUGAUGUUUUUUGUGAUUUCAGUA